GCGUCGUGGCAACCGCAUUCCAAGAAGAUGUAUAUGGUGCAUGGGCAGGGGGUAUCUUCGACUCAUGGCGAUUGGAUGAAUGCCACAACGCUCAUUUUGCCUAUACAUGUGUGUGGACGUUACAUUACAUGCCGAGUGGAUUUGCUGAGUGGAGUUUGCGACAUCUUCGAUUCGCAGUUGUUCAAGACCAUGCCGCAGCCGCGCUUCGAUGUGAUCGCCGCCCUAUAUCCGCUGCAGUGCCUGUUGGGUAAGAUGCUUGAAGUGUCCCAGUGGUUCGCAAGGACCACGAUUGUCGACAACCCGUUGGAAAACCUCCAAUGGCGAAGGUUGAAAAUCCAAUAUGCCGACGAGAAUGAGCAGUUCCAGCAGCCAGAUCAAUGCAGCUCCGGUGUUUUUGCGUGCAUGUAUGUGGAGCGUCUGAUAUCAGGCUCGCCGAGCCUUGCGUGGGGCAAUGGGCACGCCGCCGACUAUAGGCGCAAGAUAGGCAGUAGCAUCUACGAGUUUUGCAUCCCCGCAUCGAAAUAGCUUAUGUAUUUGUACAUUUAAAUGAUAAUUAUGCAAAUGACGUUUUGAUUA